AUGCCACAGGACGUGUACCCAUUCUCCGACUCGAUUGAUCAUAUGCGAUACUGUAUUGUGAUUCGACCUCAACCGAACCAGACGUAUCAUUUGAUGACAUGCAGUAAGAUUCAACGGGAUGCAUGGCUUGUACGUCUGAAACGGUGUUGUCAACAGCAACCAUAUCCUUUGCGAACCAUCUAUAGUUUGACGGUUCGUAUAGCGGAAGGACGUAAAUUCCAAGUGAGCCAUAAGGAUUCAAUCCAUAGCGAGCUUUACUGUGAUGUUGUGAUUGAUAACGAGAUUCGUGGAUUGACGGGAUCCCUAAAGAAGACGUCCACGCUAUUUUGGCGCGAGGAGUUUAUGUUUAGCGAUAUCAGCAAGAUGCGACAUGGAGUGACAAUCACGAUGUAUUCGAGAAGUAGUAAGAAUGAUCGAGAGACGGUGUAUGGUACAGUGUUUUUACCCGUCAGCCAAAUUGAGACGACGACGACGUUGGGCGAAGAAUGGUACGAAGUGCGAAAGGAAAGUCGAAAUCGAGCGUUUGCAUCAUUGACGAGUUUGGGAUCCGGGAGUGGAUCGUUGGGACAAUUGCGAGUAGGACUGUUGUUAGAGGAGCAUCAGGUGUUUUCUUUGGAAAUGUAUCAACCAUUGAUGGAUGUACUGACGGAAUUUCGACAUGAUAUUAUUUAUGAUAUGGCAAGAAAAACAUCGGAUGUCCAAGGACUGGCGAGAAACUUGUUGAGGAUUUAUGAAGGCAUGGGUUUGACAUUGACUUGGAUAAAAUCAUUGAUUGAUUAUGAAGUAUCUUCCUUGAGCUCAGUCAUUGAUAAUUAUAUGAAAAUGAGUGGAAAGGAAUUCUUGGAAGAGGCACUUCAAUUCACGAUUCAAAAGAUUUGUAAAUUUAGUAUUCAUAUUGAGGUUGAAUCAUCUCGGUUAUCGAAUAGUACAACAGAGAACACACUUGCCAAUUGUUCGGAACUGUUCAAUUAUGUACGAUCUAUUUGGGGAGGAAUUAAAAGAGCGAAAAACAAAUGUCCAAUGUAA